AUGGCGCCCAAUCUACUUCUUUCUCUCGUCACAAUCUUCAUAUCCUCCAUUUUUGCACAGCCAAGAGCUUUCCAAUACCCUCAAGACUUGUUUAGUUUCACGGACUUCAUUAUCCCCACAAGUUCACCCACUUCAUCCACUUCAGUCUCUCCCACCCCACCAUUUCCAGAGACCCCUCCUCUGGUCCCUGCUUUCUUUGUCAUUGGAGACUCCUCUGUCGACUGCGGCACCAACAACUUCCUCGCCACGCUUGCACGAGCCGACCGCCUUCCUUACGGCAGAGAUUUCGACACCCAACUCCCGACUGGACGGUUUUGUAAUGGAAGAGUCCCGGUUGAUUUUCUUGCUUUGCGUCUUGGACUUCCCUUUGUACCAAGUUAUCUUGGGCAGAGGGGAAAUGUGGAAGAUAUGAUCCAUGGAGUGAAUUACGCAUCUGCUGGUGCUGGGAUUAUAUUCUCAAGUGGUUCGGAAUUGGGUCAACACAUCUCGUUCACACAGCAAAUUCAGCAGUUUACAGAUACCUAUCAACAAUUUAUAUUAAGUAUGGGUGAGCAUCAUGCAACUGAUCUAAUCACAAAUUCAGUGUUCUACCUUUCAAUUGGAAUCAAUGACUACAUACAUUACUAUCUGCGUAAUGUAUCCAAUGUGCAAAAUCUGUUCCUACCUUGGAGUUUCAACAAGUUGUUAGCAUCCACAAUAAUUCUGGAAAUCAAGAACCUGUACAGCAUUAAUGUUAGGAAAAUGGUGGUCAUGGGGCUGGCACCUAUUGGUUGUUCUCCUCACUACUUGUGGGAAUACAGGAGUAAGAAUGGAGAGUGCAUUGAAUCCAUAAACAACUUGGUCAGGGAGUUCAACUUUCUCAUGAGAUUCAUGAUUGAAGAGCUUGGUCAGGAGCUUCCAGAUUCCAAUAUCAUCUUCUGCGAUGUGUAUGAAGGCUCCAUGGAUAUAAUAAAGAACCAUCAACUUUAUGGUUUCAAUGUUACUAGUGAUGCUUGCUGUGGGUUGGGAAAGUACAGGGGUUGGAUCAUGUGUGUAUCACCAGAAAUGGCUUGCAAUAAUGCUUCCAACCAUAUCUGGUGGGAUCAGUUCCACCCAACUGCUGAGGUGAAUGCCAUACUGGCAGACAAUGUGUGGAAUGGCCUUCACACAAAAAUGUGCUAUCCCAUGAACUUGAAGGACAUGGUUGUUUCCAAGGAAAAAUGA